AUGGAAAUAGAUCCUGUUUUAUAUCAACUAAAACGAGCAGCAAGCCAAGACCCCGCCUCUGUGAAAGAUGCAGAGACGUAUCUUCAAGAAUGGAAGAAAGAACCUGGUUUCUUUCCUAAAUUAUACAGUAUCUUUUUAGACAAGCAAAACGAUAUUAGCUUACGGUGGCUUGCAAUCAUUCAAAUAAGAAAUUCUAUUGAUGUUAUUUGGAGAAAAAACACGAAGUCAUCUCUAUUGCCUGGUGAAAAAGAAUUCUUUCGAAAUAAUGCACUUGCUGGAUCUGUUCACUCGGAAGAUCAGUUAGUUGUUCAAAAUGCUCUCGUUUUAUCCAGAAUAGCUCGCCAAGAUUACCCCUCUGAGUGGCCUUCUCUAUUUCAAGAACUGAUAUCUAGUCUUCAUCAAAAUUUUGAUGCUCAACAACCUCAUUUAGCAUUACGAUUGCUUAUUACCCUGCAUCAUAUAGUCAAAGCCAUGGCCGGAAAUCGGUUGCUUCAAGCUAGAAAAACGUUUUAUGAAAUAACUCCCCAUCUCCUCUUGACUCUGCAACCAAUUUUGGACUGGCAUAUUUCACAAUGGAUGCAUGCGCUGGAAACCCCGUCUACACAUUCUUCAGAAGCCAUAUAUUACUCAAUGCAGAUUUCGCGCUAUGCUCUCAAGACAUGCAGAAGAUUGGUUAUUUUCGGUGUACCAAACCCAAGUGAUAGUAAUCUCAGCAAAGAAAUGCUUUCUUUUGGAGCCGUAUCUCAACAAAAAGUCUUAAGCUUACUUUCCAACCUCUACAUUUCGCCUUCUUCAUCGCAGAUUGACGAUCGUAUUCCCGAACAAUUGGUCGCCCAUGCAUAUCUGUUCAACAAGUUGUUUUUUGAUUUCGCUUCUUACUCGCCAUGUUUAACUGUCUUCCCAUCUACCAUUGAUUAUAUAUCUGUCCAUAUGUCGUGGUUACUGCAGGUCGACAAGCUUUUUGCGGCUUCUUCUAGUUUCCCGGAGUUAUUAAAAGACUUGGAAAAGCUUGUCUUAAUGAGCUUGAGAGUAUUCAUAACUGUACUUAGAGAAAUCGAAGAUACAAAAUCCUCUCAUCCUGAAGCAAGCGAAAUCAUCCGUCAGUCAUUUUUGAUGGGUGAUAGACAUUUUGUGCUUCUUCAAUUUAUUAUUACAAAGCUACUAGUUCUUUCUGAAUCCGAUUUUGAGGAUUGGUCAGAAGACCCUGAACAAUGGGUCCUCGAUCAAUCCACCCACGAUGCAGAUUAUAAUAUUCGCCCCUGCUCUGAAAAUCUGUUGAGUUGCCUUUUUGAUCAUUUCGGGGAGUUAUAUUCCCAUCAAUUUGAAAGUAUGCUUGAAUCGGUAUUUCAGUGUCCAUCUACGUUGGAAGAAUCUAUACAGCAAGACGCUCUUUUGUGCUCUAUUGGGACCGGUGCAUCUCAUUUGAAGGAUAUGUUUCCGUUUGCUGACUGGUUAAAAAAGGCAGCUAUCCCCAAUUUGGCGAAAAUCACUAAUGGCGGAGUUGCUCGUGUCCUGAGAAGAAGGGUAUCCAUCUUUUUGUCUCAAUGGAUAGAACAUUUACCGUCAGGUGAGUCAUUGAUGGGGUUAAUAUAUCACAUGUACGCACUAUUACUAAACCGAAAUGAUCCUUGUAACGAUUCUGUUGUACGGCUUACGUCUAUUGAUUCUUUGCGCGGUGUCUUGGAUGACUGGUCAUUUUUAGAAAGCGAAUUUUUAAAUGUCAAGAAUGAUCUUUUUUACAGUGUUUUAUCGUCAGUUAAUGAAUUCCAAACUAUGGAAGGCAAAUUAUCGACGCUAUCGUUGCUUGGUACGCUAAUUUCUCGAGCCGGAUCCAAUAUAGCUCCUUUGGAAGAAAUGACUGCUUCUCUUUUAUUCCAAUUAUGGAAUGAAUGGGCUAGUGAGCCUAUGCUUCGAACCAGGAUUUUGGGAGUUUUGGCCCAAUUUGUUAUCGCAAUCAAACACAAGUCAAUACAAUUUUCCCAAAUGUUGGCUGUGAUUAUCGACUACUGCGUGAAUGCUGAGUCUCCAGACCAAGUUAUGUAUGAAGCAGAUGCAGUGGAGCUUUGGAGCUCUUUUCUUCAGUAUGUAGAAGUACUUCCUGAAGAGUUUACACUACUCGUUCCACAUUUGUUACACCAGCUUUCGCAGGCUACAUCAUCCCUUCCUUUUACCUUGAUGAUUUUGAAUAGCUACCUUUUACUUAAAAGCUCAGUCAUUCUUGACAAUUAUUCCCUUGAGGUUUUAGAAAGGUUAACGAACCUUUUAGGCGAUGUGAAAAAUGAUACGCUUUUGGCUUUGUGUAAAACGCUCAGUUUAAUAUUUGAAGUGAAUGCAGGAGAUUCUCUCCAGGAAUCUCUAGGUCACUCUACAUUGCUUCCUGUCGUGUUAAAUUCCAUCUUAAGCUCAGAAAAACACGCUCAAACGCUUGUACAGUAUUCGUUGCUAUUAUCGAGGAUUAGCCUGUCAUUUCCGAACGUUAUCAUCAGUACGUGUUUGACACAGCGGUUAAGUGUGUACAUGCUUUUACAAUACUGGAUUUCAUUGUUUGAUUAUAUUACACAUGCAAAAGAUCGAAAGCUAACGGCUCUUGCACUUACUUCGUUACUACGCACAAAUGCAGAAGAAGUCUUGGAGGCCUUGAAUCCAAUCAUGCAUCUUUGGUUUAGCGUUUUAAGCGAAGUGGAGGAAGACGAAAAGGGAGACGCACCGAUCUACUACAAAAACGAAGACUAUUCCGCUGUGGGAUUUUACCUGGAUGAGUCUUCAGAAGAAAUGAAUCGCCGAAAAAUGAUUUUGUCUAAAGAUGCUGUACAUAGCGUACAGUCCAAAACAUUCUUUGUGUCCACGUUCUUGGAAUGCCAAGAAAAGAAUGGUGGAGCAGAAAUUUUCGAGAAGGAGUAUUUAACCAUGGUGGAUCCUGCCCUCUUGGACCAAAUGAAUUCCAUGUUAUAA